UAGUACAUUUUCACCAGAUGUGCUAGAUUCCGUUUUGAUUGACAAUGAUGAGCGUAACGUUGUCUUUGAGAAGGGCUCGACCGCGCCUCCUGUUUCUGAGUGACAUCUGUGCUUGGCCAAUAGGCAGCCGAGGAGGCCCUCCGUGUCCUUCCAAUGCUUGCACGGGAGGGGGCAGGCACACCCUCCCUCUUCCACCCCGCGCCCCCACCUCUCCCGAAUCCCGAACGCCUCAAGUUAAAAAGUGGGGCGCGCCGCUCGCAAACUGAGAGUGCCGGGAAAUCAGUCGGCGUGGACGCACACCUGGAGGCCCCCCCCCCCACUUCCCUCCACCGCCCUCAAGUGUGUAGUUUUUUUUGUCCUCUGCUGACAUGUUGUGCGCGCUUCUCAUCCUCUCCCUCUCAGCAGCCGGCGUUGAGCUUUACGCGCAGCCGCGGCUUCGCGCUCACUCGCGGCUUUACGCGCAGCCGCCGCUUUCCGCGCUGCGCUCCGAGCUCCCGGAGGACGCCAUCCUGGUGGCCAACAACCGCAUCCGCGUGCCGCUGGGCCGGGCCGCGUUCGUGGACCCGGUCGACGACCUGGUGGUGCAGACGCGACCGGGCGAUCGCUGCAGCCUGACGGUUCUGGACAACGACCCGCUCGCCCGACGCCCCGGCCGCCUCUCGCCCGAGAAGUUCCCGUGCAACUUCGGCCCCGGGGAUGUCACCUACACCCACUACGGGGCCAGGAGUCCGGCGCUGGAUCGGGUGCGGCUGCAGCUGCGCUACGAUGCUCGCGCGGAGACGGUCGUCAUCCCCUUCGUGAUCGAGGUGCAAGUGGACUUUACGCCGCUGGAGGUGCUCACCAAGAACAUGCCGCUGACCGUCACCCACCUGAGGGGCACAAGCGAUGCCGUGGACAGCGAGAUCUUGGACUUCACCUACGACCGGGAGGGCUACGAGUGCCGGGCGAUGCCGUUGACGGGCAAGAGCGCCCUGCCGCGCUACGGCCGACUGCUGGAUGGCGGCAAGCUGUCCCAGACGAUGGACUGCGACCAGCUCACCCGGGCCGACAUCCGCUACGAGCACACCUUCCGGGGGGCGUCGCCCAACCGGGACCACAUCCCCAUGGUACUGGAGCUCCGGGACCGAGAAGGCAACCUGGUGAAGCGGGAGCAUUUCCACCUGACGGUGCAAAUUCGCCAGGGCCGGGAGAACGCGGCCCCCAGGCCCAGUUUGGUGGCCACCAUGAUGAUGGAGGUGAGCCAGUUUGCCUUGACGGCGCUGACACCUGAAAUGCUUGCGGCGGAUGACGCCGAGGCGGACCCGAGGGACUUGGCGUUCAACGUCACCUUGCCGCUGUCUUACGAGGAGGGCUACAUCGUCAGCACCGACGACCAGAACCUGCCCAUCACCUCCUUCUACCAGCGGGACCUGCGGGACCUCAAGAUCGCCUACAAGCCGCCCUCACUGGAUGCCGACACCGAGCGAAUCUUCCAGUUGGAGUUUGAAGCGGUGGACCCGGAGGGGGCCGCGUCGGACCCCUUCGCAUUCACGAUCGUAGUGAAGCCCAUGAACUGGCUGGCGCCGGUCGUGACCCGCAACGCCGGUCAGCUGCUGUACGAGGGCCAGUCCCGUCCACUGGUUACAGGUCAGAACCUGGAGAUCGGCGACGAGGACGACCUGGAGGCGGUGCGCAUGGCGGCGGUUGACGGGUUGCGCCACGGCAUCCUGCUGGUGCGGGGGUCCCGCGGCGACAGGUUCACCGCCGCCGACCUGGCGGCUGGCGCGGUGGUGUACCGGCACGACGGCAGCGACACGCACAGUGACAACAUUGUGUUGAAGAUGACGGACGGCGAACACCGCGCGGAGUUCCUCUUCCCCAUCACCGUGGUGCCCACGGACGACGAGCCGCCCGUCGUCAGCGUCAACGCCGGCCUGGUCCUGUUCGAGCGCCGGAUGACGCCCGUGUCACCGCUGGCGCUCGGCGCUGCCGACGUCGACUCGGACGACUCGGCGAUUCAAUUCACCGUGGUCUCGCCGUAUUCCGCCGUUGGCGCCUUGCUGCUGAGGCAGUCGGACGCCCCGGUGGACCCGUCCUCGUGGAAAUUCGACUCGGAGGACGAGGUCUAUGAGAAGGAGGUGCGGGAGUGGCUCCAGAAGGACAUCACGGAAGGGAAGCUGUUUUACAAGCACGUGGGGCCUCAGAACAUCGAUACCGUCACGGACCACUUUGUCUUCACGGUCCGGGACGACAACGACCCCCCCAAUGAGUCCGGCAGGGCUACUUUUGAGAUCCGCGUGUUGCCCCUCGACAACGUCCCGCCUGAGCUGCACCCCGGCACCAGCCUGCUGAUGACAGUGGAGGAGUUCAAGCUGACUCCGUUCAGCAAAGAAGUCCUGCGCUACACCGAUCGGGACUCUGAAGACCGCGACCUCAAAUACACGCUGUUGCGACCCCCAACGGACACCGACGAAAACCACCCGGUCAUCUUUGGUUCUUUGGUUCUGACGGACCGCCCUGACGUCAAAGUGAGUGAGUUCACUCAAGCUCAAGUGAAUCAGCGCAAGAUCGCGUACGGCCCGCCCGCCAGGGUGCUGGGCAUCACGUUGCGCGUGGUGCAGUUUUGCUAUGGCGUGGAGGACGCGGCGGGAAACCGCGCGGAGGGGGUGUUCACGAUCUACCUCCGGCCAAUUAACAACAAGCCACCACAAAUCACCAACGCGGGUUUUGCGGUGUUUGAGGGCGGCGCGCACAUCGUCACCCUUGCCGAGCUCGACGCCGUCGAUGCCGACACGGAGAGUCAAAGCCUGACCUUCCGGCUCGCUCAGCUGCCCAAACACGGAACCAUCCGGGCAGCAUUUGCCGACUUGCCGCAAAAAGCCACGUUCGGGCCGCGGGACCUCGCGGAAGGCAGGAUUUCAUACAGCCACGGUGGCGAGGAGAUGGACGGCGACGAGUUCCACCUGGACGUCAGCGACGGCGUUCACGUGGUCGGCGUGACGGUCAAAGUCCGCGUGAGGCCAGUUGAUGACGAAGCCCCGAUUCCCGGCCUCCCCGACGGGACGGUUGGCGCUCGCGUGGACGUUCUGGAAAACGGCGCGGCGCAGAUCGCCUCCGACGUCCUCCGAGGCCGCCGCGACGACGCGGACGAUCCGCAGCUGACUUUCAUCCUCGGAGACCCGCCGGCCGUCGGCGAGAUCUUAGUGAAAGGGCAGCCCGCCGGCGGGUUCACGCAGGCGGACGUGACGAGCGGCGCGGUGGUCUACGCCCACACCGGCGGGGAGAUCGGGCCGACCUCUCGCCGGGACAGCUUCAAUCUGACUCUCGCCGACGUGUCAGAUGACUGGACGGCGGGUGGGAAGCGGGUCCGCCGGGUCCACGUGCGCGUCACCGUGCUCCCCGUGGACAGCCGCGCCCCCGAUGUCGGCGUCGGGGUGCGCUUCAGCGUCCGGGAAGGGGACAAAAACGCCAUCGGUCCUCAGCACUUGAAUGUCGAUGACCCCGACACCCCCGCGGAAGACAUCUUGUGCACCAUCAACGUGCAACCAAAGACGGGCUACGUGGAGAACAUCUCGCCCGCGCCCGGUUCCGAAAAAUCUCGGUCGGGCGUGGCCGUCAGCGCUUUCACCGUCGGCGACAUCCGGGCAGGUGAUAUCUUCUAUGUGCAGAGCGUCCACAGAGGCGUGGAGCCGGCGGAGGACCGCUUCAGCUUCAGGUGCUCAGAUGGCGUCAACUUCUCCGAGGAGCUCUUCUUUCCGAUCGUCAUCGAGCCCGCCAACGAUGAGCCGCCGGAAAUUUUCCUGAGGGAGAUCGCGGUGAGGGUGGGCACGAGCGCGCCGCUGGACGAGAUCCGGGAAGCCUCGAGGAUCGUUUACCAACACGACGGCUCUGAAACGACGGCGGACAGCUUUGAGCUCAUCCUGACCGAUGGCGAGUUCUCGGCGCGGAAGACGGCGACGGUGAAUAUCAUCGCGGUCGAUGACGAGAGCCCCGGGAUGCAAAUCGACAACGGCCCGCGGGUGGAAGACGAGUCGAGCGUCUUCUUCCCCGAGGCCGUGCUGUCGGUGGAGGAGGACGCGGGGCAUUUGUUGGUCCCCGUCCAUCGCGGCGGCGACGUCAGCAAGGAGCUGACGGUGCUCUGCUACACGCGGCAGGCGCCCACCGCCGCCCUGUCCCACUCGGACUUUGUCGCCCGUCCGGAGGAGCCCGCCAGCGUGCUUCGUUUCGACAAGGGCGAGCGGGAGAAGGCGUGCCGCGUGCGGAUAAUCGACGACUCGCUGUACGAGCCCCCCGAGAGCUUCAACGUCACCUUGGCCUCGCCCGUGGGGGGCCGCCUGGGCCCGCGCUACCCCUCCGCUCGAGUCACCAUCCUGGAGGAUCGAGAUGACGGCACGCGCGCGAGUUCAUGCGCAUGCGUGUGUCCAGACGUGCCGUCGAGGCGGGCGGGCCGAGAGCGCGUCGCCCGGGUUGAGGUCCUGUCUGACAGCGCGGCCGAGAGGACGGAAGCCUUCACGCCGUACCCGAAGCCCGACGACGACGUGGUGGCCGAGCCGCGGGCCGCCGACGCGACGGCGUACGUCCGGGAGGCCGACGUCACCUUCCCCUCCCGGCCUCACGUGCUCUCGCUGCUCCAUUAUGACCGCCCAGCCGCCGCCGGCCCGCAGCCGCCCGCCGGCUACCCCGUCAUAUGUGUCACCGCCUGCAACGCGCGCCACCCGGACUACGAGAAAACGGGCUCCGCCUGCGUCAGCGAGCGCAUCGACGACACCCUGACGCGCUACCGCUGGCUCGUCAGCGCCCCCGCCGGGCCUGCCGGCGUCGCCGCCCCCAUGAGGGUGCUCGACUUGGAUACCUUCUUCACCUCCUCCAAGGCCAUCACGCUGGACUCGAUCUACUUCCAAGCGGGCUCGCGUGUCCAGUGCGCCGCCCGGGCCGUCAACUCCAACGGCGACGAGGGCCCGGAGCUCAACAGUCCCAUUGUCACCAUCAGCCGGGAGGAAGGUAUGUGCCCGCCCCGCAAGGGGGCCACGGCGGGGGCCCAGCCUUUCUCAGCCAAGAUGCGCUACACGGGCGCCGAUGACCACCCACAUUCCAACCUCAUCAAAGUGAGCGUCACCAUGCCGCACGUGGACGGCAUGCUCCCGCUGAUUUCCACGCGACCCCUGAGCAACUUGGAGCGGACCCUGAGCCCGGACGGCAACCGGUGGGGCGACCACCGCUGCUCCAACCUGCUGGACUACGACGAGCCGACGGCGGCCUCUGACGGCCAUCAGAGCGUGGCCGGCGGCGACGGCCUGCGCGGGCAGGCCACGCUGCGCUUCUACCGCAGCCUCCGGCCGGACGCCUGCCUGUGGGAGUUCAACGCCUUCUACCGCGUGUCCCAGCUGCUCAGCGACUGUGGCGGCACCAUGGCCGCCGACGGACAGGUCCCGAACUUGGUGCAGUCAUACGUGAGCGUGCGCGUGCCCCUCUACGUAUCUUACGUCUUCCAUUCGCCGCGAGGCGCGGGCGGCUGGAAGCACUUUGACCUCCGCUCCCAGCUGCACCUCACCUUCGUGUACGACACCGCCAUCCUGUGGCGGGACGGCAUCGGCAGCCAUCCGCAGGCCCGGCUGCACGGCUCGCUGUAUCCCAGCAGCAUGCGCCUCAGCCGGCAUGGCCGCCUGGCGGUCAAGUUCCGCACCAAAGCUCGCUUCAGGGGCCUCUUUGUUCACUCGCGCUCUGCCGGACGCCUUCGAGGAUCUGGGACGUCCACGGUGGUGAGCACGGACCACCCCGGCCGGACCUUCAACCUGAGCUUGGUGAGGAGCGAGCCCACUUUCGACCAGCCCGCACAGCAGUGGAGCUUCACCUCCGACUUUGUCGCCCGUGACUACUCGGGGACCUACGCCGUCCAGCUGGUCCCCUGCACCGCCGGCCAGAACACAGAGUACUCUGUGCCGCCCGUGUGCAGCCCCGGGGAAGCGGUCGCCUUCGAUGUGGCCGUCCGAUUGCAGCAAGUGAGCGAUCCUGUGGCUGUGGAGUUCAGUCUGAACGCAAACAUGUUCCUGCUGUCCCAAAGAAGUGUGUGGCUCUCUGACGACUCCGUCAGCUUGGGCCAGGAAAGCGACGUCACCUUUUCGGAAGGCGACACCGUAUACGGUCGCGUGAUGGUGGACCCGGUACAGAAUCUCGGAGAUUCUUUCAUCUGCAGCAUCGAGAAAGUUUUCCUGUGCACCGGAGCUGACGGCUACGUCCCCAAGUACAACCCCACCAACUUGGAAUUUGGCUGCCUGGCCGAUUCGCCGGCACUGCUCUAUAGAUUCAAAAUCAUUGACAAAGACCAACCCGAGACCCAGGCGCGCCACUUCGGUGGUGUGGCUUUUAACGCCGUGCUGGCAUUGGACGACCCGUCUGCCGCACGGCUCGUGAGGCAGCCCGGAUCUGACGGCUUCAAACUGGACUCCGGGGCCAUGUUUCAAGUGGCAUCGGGGCGCGAGUGGUACAUUCACACCAUCUACACGGUGCGCUCAGAAGAUGACGCAGACAAAGGCAUCGAGAAACGCCGCCACGCCAUCACGGGUGGCGACCGCCAUCGUGUCCGAAGAUCCCUACCGGCCCCCGUCCCCGAGGCGGCGGCGGGCAUUGGCUCCGACGACACCCGCGGCACCAACAUCAUUCACGUCGCCUUGGAUCGCUUCAAACAAUCGUCGGCCACCUCUCGAUCGUCCCCCGAUGGGGCGGAGGCGGGCGAGCCGAUGGGCGGCGAGAGGGUGGAUGGUGCGGCGGUGGCCUUGUUAGGCGUGCUGCUCCUGGUACUGACCGGUGGCAUCCUGACGCUGGCCUCACGCUCCGGAGCCAAUUGCGACGUGGGGCGGGAGCGAGGGCGGCGGGACGACGUAUGGGAAACCGUCAAAGGUUCGCUCAGCUCAGAGCCCAUCUUGGUGGUCAGGAUGCAGCGCUCCCAUGACGGCUAUGUGGUCUGACACCCAUCAAAGGAUACCAGAGAAGGAUUUCAUGUGUUCUCUGUUGCUUUUCAGUACAUUUCUUUCAUAGACUGACUUUUUUUUUUUUUUUAGGUGCAUAGUGCUGUGAUACGAGGGAGUAUGUGGGCCACGCCCCAAAGGGAAAACCAUAAAAAUAGGUUUGUUUUUUUAAAGAUAAAUGUUACAGGUUUUAGGUCCGUAUUCACGUGAAAAAAAGCUGUAAUAUUACAACACUCUCAGAAAAAAAACUUUAAAAUAAUUUUUUAAAAAACGAUUAAAAACCAUGAACGUAAAAAGUCAAGAUUUCAUCGGGGAAAAAGUUGAACUGCACAUGUUUUAUGAAAGAAAGUCCUCAUCUCAUGAAAUCUUCUUUCAAGAAAUGUUGAAAAACAUGCGUUUCUAUAAGCUUGUAACUGGUAAUGUACGAAAAUCCAACUUGCCUUUAUAUCUUGAAAACACAA